GUUUGUCUGCCGUUUCACUCUUCACGCUUUCUACGACCGAUCUUUCUCCUGAAUCUCGAACAUGGAGGACACCCGAGGGAAAAGAGUGGCCGCCGUCUACGAAGCCGUGUGGGAUCUGGUGAUACCUUACAUUCACGAGUCGAGAGACCGUGGGUCGGUGUCCCUUGUGUGUAAGCUGUGGUACGACAUCGACGCCGGCACGCGCAAGCACGUGACGAUGCCGUUAAGCUACACCGCCACGCCGAGUCGUCUAUCCAGACGUUUCCCCCACUUGGAGUCGCUCAAGCUCAAUGGAAAGCCACGCGCCACCAUGUUCAAGGGCAAGCUCAGUAUACCGGAAGGCCCGCUCGAUUACGUCAUGACGUUAAACAAAAGCCUCACAGAGGAAGACUGGGGCGGUCAAGCCGCCCCUGGGUAGAAGAAAUCGCCCGCGCUACACCUGAAGGCGGUCACGAGUCCUUGAGACAAUUAAAGGCUCUCCACUUCCGCAGAAUGAUUGUCACCGAUUCCGAUCUGAAUAAUCUGGCUCGCUCGCGCGGCUUGCUUCUUCAGUCUCUCAAGAUAGACAAGUGCUCUGGAUUCUCCACGGAUGGUCUGUUGAAGAUUUGCCAAUCCUGCAAGUAAAAGAAAGAUUUACUUUUUUGUUCCCUUAAGUGAAAUUUGUUGUUCUACAAAUUCCUAUAGUGUGCAUGUUUAGUUUCUUGGUACUUUAGUACGACUUCUUGUUCUGUGAAAUUCUUUUAAGUCUGUUUUGGUGAGGUGUGACUUGUGAGUGGUUAGUUUCUUUACCAAGGUGGGGAUACUUGUCUAGGAUUUCCAUAAAUUGCUAUAACUAGCAAAUAUGACUGGAUUAGCCCAUUGGUGAGAUUAGUGAUUACGGCUCUUCAGUUUCCUGGUUCUGUAGUGUAAGCUAUUGUUUUGUAAAUGCUACGAAGUCUUUUUGGUUUGGGACUUGGGUGGGAUUAGUUUCUUUGUACGAGGGGCAUUAUUGAACUAAUUGUCUAGGUUUUACAUAUAUUUCUAUAAUUAGCAAAACUUAUUGAAUUUCUGAUUAUAAUAAUACUAAUGCCUUAAAAGGUCUUUCUCCUUUUAAUUGCCAUUAUUUAAGUAUGGGUCGUUGGUUUCUUGGCCCUAUAUCAAAUCUUCUUCUUUACAAUUCUUUUUAGGCUGUUUGGGUGGGUUAGGGGUGGGGCUGGGGUUAGUUUCAUUGCCACUAAAGGGGGAUAUUAAACUUAUUGCCUAGGAUUGCAAUAAAUGAGUACAAUUAGCAAAAUAUAAUUGUUUCCAAGUUUUUUUUCCUAGUUACAUCUUCUUUGAAUUCUACUCUGUAGGCUUUAAUUUGGCCAAAUGGUGUUUCCUCUUCUUUCAGUUUUGGAUUUUUUGUGUAACGACUGUGAGGGAAAGUUCGGAGGUGGAGGGUCGGGAUGGGGUUUAGUUUUUUGUUCUAGAUAUUGGUAAAAUUGGACAGGGUUUUCAUGAAUUCUUAUAAUUAGAAAAAAUUGCUGGAUUAGUGAUUACUAAUUAUUUUCUCUAUGUGAAUUCAUUACUAGUUGUAAUUGUGGUGCUAAUUGUUUUAGAUGUUUUACUUACCUUUCAAUUUUUUCUUGGUGCUAUAGUGCAAUUUUUUGUUCUAAGUGCUGAAAAUGCGGUGUUGGUGUGUGGGUUGGUUUCCUUCACAAAGGGUGACAAUUGUCUUCAAUUAGCAUAAUUAAUGGAUCAGAGAUUAUUGGUUGUAAUUUUGAUCCUUUGACUUUUCUCUUGGUACUUUAACACCUUCGCUCUUUAGUGUAAAUUUCUUGAUCUGUAUAUUCUAAAAAGGCUCUUUAGGUUGUGUGGGUUGUUGGAUUUAGUUGAGCUAGUCUCUUUACUAAAACGGAAUAUUCAGGUAUUUAAUCUCAGUCUUGCUAUAAGUACAAUUAACACUUACGAAAAUGUUACAUAAGCGUAUCUAUUUUGUGUCACUUUUAGAAAAAGUAAUGAUAGUGAUUGACCAACAGCAUUUUCCAUAAAUGUAUGGGCUUCUCAUUAAUUCCUGUAAUUAGAAACGUUUACUGAUUAUUCUUUAUAUUACUGGUUGUUGCAUAUGUAUUUUCCUUUUUUCCCUUUCGAUUUUGAAAUCCAGGGAACUCGUCGUAGUUAAAAAUAAAAUCUAAAAUGACUUAUAUGUGUUUUUUCUUGCUCACCUUUUCUCAAAGGAACUUAAGCACAUUUGUUCUAGAAGAAAGCAAAAUACUUCAGAAAGAUAGGGGGGAAUGGCUUCAUGAGCUUGCGGUGAACAACAGUGUUCUUGAAAAUCUCAACUUUUACAAGACAGAUCUCUGGGAUUUCAGACCCGAAGACAUUGAAUUGAUAGCCAGGAAUUGUCCACGCCUUGUGUCAAUGAAAGUCUCUCAAUCUGACAUGUCUUCCCAUUUUGGCUUCUUUCGGGCAGCAACUGCAUUAGAAGAAUUUGCAGGCGGUUUUGUCCACGUACUGGGUCCCAUUGGUGAAAACAUGCAGUAUGCUGAUUUCGCGUUUCCUCCCAGGCUGUGUUCUCUCGGGCUGACAUAUUUCAGAAUAAAUGAAAUGCCAAUUCUCUUCCCUAUCUGUUCCCGUCUUAGAAAGUUGGAUCUUCUAUAUGCAGAAUUUGACACUCAAGGUCACUGCACCUUACUGGAAAAGUGUGUGAAUUUGGAAAUUUUAGAGGCAACAAAUGUAAUAGGAGACCGAGGAUUAGAAGUUCUUUCCCGCUUUUGCAAGAAGUUGAAGAGGCUGAGGAUUGAGAGAGGAGGAGAUGAAGACGAGCUAGGAAUGGAGGAUGAAGACGAACAAGGAAUGGAGGAUGAAGAGGGUUCUCUCACACAAAGAGGACUUGUUGCCUUAUCGCAAGGUUGUCUUGAACUCCAAUAUCUCGCGGUUUAUGUAUCAGACAUCACAAACCAAGCCCUUCGUUACAUUGGCAAGCACUUGAAACAUCUAUCUGAUUUCCGUUUGGUUCUUCUUGAUCGUGGAGAAAGGAUAACGGACUUCCCGCUAGAUAAAGGGGUGCGCUCUUUGUUAAGGGGUUGCCCUUCGCUUAUAAGGUUCGCCUUGUAUCUCCGGUCAGGUGGGUUAACUGAUAAGGGAUUGAAUUAUGUGGGACAGUAUAGCCCGAAUGUGAGGUGGAUGUUUCUUGGCUAUGUUGGGGAAUCAGACGAGGGGCUUCUACAGUUCUCAGAAGGAUGCCCGUGCCUGAGCCUGCAGAAGCUUGAAAUGAGGGGCUGUUUCUUUAGCGAACGGGCUCUUGCUAUGGCUUCAUCGAGGAUGACAUCUCUGCGGUAUUUGUGGGUUGAAGGGUUCAAUUCGUCUUCAAUCGGUUCUAUCGGUCAGGAUCUGUUGCGCAUGGCCCGUCCUUUUUGGAACAUUGGGGUCAUUCCUGCAAGAGGAGGGGUCAUGGAUGUGUUUGGAGGUAUUGAGCCCGCGUCCAUUGACCAUUCUUCCCAUAUGCUCGCCUAUUACUCACUUGAUGGACGGAGGACGGAUACUCCAGAAACAGUUGUCUGUUUGGACAGAAACAACAUGGAACUUGGUGGUUAGGGAUUUGUACUUUCCUUUUUACACCUUUUGUUGUUUCCAAAUUUCUACCGCUGUCAUAAACUUGUCUGUUUUCUAUGGAUUUAGUGUGUUUUUGUUAUAUGCCGGCAUGCCGCAAACAAAUACUCUACCAGAUCAUUGAGUGAAACCUUUCUGGUACAAUAU